AUGAAUUCCCAAUACCAGCAUUAUGUACCACAACUGAUCUUACGAAAGUUUUCCGACUAUAUUGAGCCGAAAGAUAGUGCAUAUGCGACUAAGAAGAAAUUAGACAGUGCACGUUCAAGAGCCAAGAACAAAGCAAGAGUCAAAGUCUUGACUUGGAAUGAGGACUUCUCAACCGAUCGUCUUGAAAGUAGGUUAUGUGGCAGGACAUUUGGCGUCAAGAACAUGUACGCGCCAGAGAUUGAGCUGGCAUUCUCAACCCUGGAACAGCAAGUGUCAAAGGUGAUCAAGGCUGUCGAACACGACUUUGUCGGCAACAAGACCUCCACUAUUCUGUCGCGGUCCCAGAAAGAUCUUCUUCGAAAAUUCUUAUUCAUCAUGGCCUAUCGCAACUGUACAUUCUCCAAGCGAUUCGACUGUACCAUGGACGAGUAUAGGCUUAACGAUCGGGAAAAGCUUCUCCAAUAUGUUCGGUUGAAAGGAUUCUCAACACUGAAAGAAGUCUGGUUAAGCAACAUUCGCGCCUUCAUCGACGUAGAUAUGGAGAAGAACGGCUGGCCAGAUUGGCUUCAGCAGAAUGCCUAUCCUGAUGAUGCCUUGUGGUUCUGGAAGAACAUGACACAGUUCUUCCUUUGCUUCUGUACUCCACAGCUUGCUUCGGAAGAGUUCUUAUUGACUCAGAACGCUUACGGUAUAUUUGAAGGACCAAACGAUCAUCUAUCAUGGACCGAUUGGCAUGUUUUCGCACCAGUGAAUGAUAGAUUGGUCAUUGUAUCGAGAACAAACUGGCUUAGUAACAUACCUGACUUACCGCUGAACCUAACAAGAGCCGUCACUGAGCUGCAAAAGGAACAUAUACGAUCAUUAACAUCGAGAUACAAGGACCCAGUGGCGGCCCAUUCGUGGUUAGAGAAUCUGCCAGUCAGAAGACCCACCACGAGUUACCCAAUAGUGCAACCAUCUUCUGCAAGUAUAAACAUCUCGGGACGGGCAAAUUUCUGUUCAUCAGACACAUUCGCAUUUGAAUUUUUCCAACUGCCAAGCACUUUUGUGCAACGAAUCAAUACCGUACUCCUUGAAGAGGCCAUUAACACAGAUGCAAUUGUUUACAAGACAAAAACUGGACUGCGGAAGGCUCUUGACUUCUAUCUCGAGGCUGAGGGACCAGGCCUGAAGUCAAUAAUGCCGGAGCUGCAGCAUGAAGGACCUGUGAUUUGGCAUCCUGGCCAUAGCGGGUCCGCGAGAUCCAGCACUCUACCAGAGUUCAAGCGUAAAGGAUAUUUAGGAAUGCUGGAGCGAGUUGCACGAUCUCUGGGUAGUCAGUGCAAAGCGAAAAGUGUUCUGAUUAGGCCAGAAGUGAUCUGUAUCAUGCCGGUUCUAUCAGAAACGUUUGCAAUCAGCGGACUGAUCUCUGACUGGAUAGCUGAUCUGAAGCAAGCUGAGUGUAUUACCCGUUUCUGGCUCUGUAUUAACAAUAUCAUUCGUGGUCGGCCAAAGAUAUUUCGAGACUACAUGCAGCAAGAACGUCUAAAGUUGGUUUACACUUUGCAUCCAAGGAGGGUGUGGCUACACCUACGCAUGAUGAGGAUCCUGCCAGAUACACCAGCCCCGACCCUGCAAUCGUCACACGAAACAGUCUUAUCUCUUCUGGUAGCGGAGGAUAACAAUGGUCCUGAAGAUGUGAUCGCUGACUGUAUGUGCUUCUUACACCUUGGCUUGAACGCAGCCAUCAUACACCGACUUUACGGACGAGAAGCUAACAAACAUGGCAAAACAGGUUCGGUAGCUCUCUGCUGCGACGAUAUGUCACGCGCUAUGAUGCGAGCAUCUAGUAUUCGGCAGUAUUUAGAAAUCGAAAGUAAUGGUACAUUGACUGAGCGAAAGAGAAAGCACUUUGCGGCAGCGAGGGCAUUUGUGGGAGAUAUUGCUAACUGCGAUCUGCCCAGAAUAAGGACGGCAGCGGUCGUCUUGGCAAAAAGUUUCGACAAAGAGAUGAAGGAUUUGAUGUCGCAGAAUUUGCCACAAGUACCCACAGACAUAAUUCGCGAGAAGUGGGUGCGGUGGCAAUUGCAAAAAGAGUUUGAAUGCAUCCUGGAUGGCCGUGCACUGCAAAAGCAAGAUCUCGAGCGGUUGAAGGAUCUCAUAUUCGACCACAUGUAUCCAAUACAAUAG